AUAAGUCAUUAUUUCUAAGAGAAAAAUAAUUAGAAUGGAGAGCUCUCGGGUUAUGGCAAGGAGCGCGGCAGCCAGGAAAGACAGCGGUUACAGACAGCGACAAGGGUACAGGAACAAGGUAGCAGAGUACAGUUCACAGGUUGCUGGAUGGUCUUCGAACUUCUUCUUUUACAACUUUCCAGAGGAAUUAGAGGCAAAAUUUCUAUGGAACAGCUUUCAGAUGUAUGGUAAGGUCGUUGAUGUGUAUAUUCCGAGGAAUCGUGAUAAGAGAGGGAAGAGGUAUGGUUUUGUGCGACUAACAGGGGUCAAAAAUGAGAUUCAAAUGGAGAGGAGGCUGAAUGAGAUGUGGAUAGGCUCAUAUAAGAUGAGAGUGAAGCUAGCAAACGACAGACAAAGGAAACCUUCAUCGUAUAGGAAGGUUCACGGUAAGCCUAAAGUCAGUAGAUCAACAAACAUCAUGAAUAGGCUGGUUAUACCAGGACAGACAUAUGCUCAGGCAGUGAAGGGCCAAGGAAGGAGAGAGGAUAAGGCUCCAGAUCAAGCUCAGGAAAAGGAAAAAAACGAAAUCCCGAAAACGGAAGAUGUCAAAACGAGAGCUCAGGGGAAUAUGGAAGCAGAAAUAACAGAGAAGAGUGCUGAAGCAGAAAAAACAGAGAAGAUUGUCGAAUACACCCCAUCGGGUGACGAGCUGAAAUGGCUUGAGGGUGGCAUGGUGGCAGUGGCGAGGUCAAUGGCGUUGAUACCUGAGAUUCAAGAACAAAUGGAUGCAGAUGGAGGCUUAAUCUCGUUAUCACCAAUUGGGGGAAGACGGGUUCUUUUAACUGAGAAAAUUACAGGGAUCAUAGCCAAUUAUAUGAAGCAAAAUGAGGAGUUAUUUAGCAUGUGGUUUGAGUCUAUAACUCCAUGGGAGAAGGCACCAGAGGAGGAAAGCCGUUUGAAGUGGGUGCGCAUAUCGGGUGUGCCACUAAAAGCAUGGGGAGAGAGGUGUUUUCAGAUGAUUGGUGAGACAAUCGGAGAAGUCCUGUUGGUGCACGAGGACACAAAGAAGAAAGCAAUAUUAUGGGAUGGAAGAGUUCUGAUCCUUUACUCAGAGUCCAGUAAAAUCUCUACUCAAGUUAAGCUGAAGGUGGGUGAGCAAGUGUAUGAAAUAGAGAUAACUGAAGAGGAAUGGCGCUCUGAUCCGGAUUGGUGGUUAACGGAGAAUGGCCGGAGAAGCGACCUGGAAACGGAGUCCGAUUGCUCAAACUCGUGGUGUCAGAACGAGGAUCCGGAAAUGGAUAUGGAUGAGAUGGGCGUCGGCGAGGAUGUAGGAAACGAUUCAGAACAUUUAAUGAAGGAUUUGACCUCAAAUUCAAAUUUGAAGUUAGUAACGGAAACAGAGAGUUGUUUCCAAAUAGUGCAAGAGACAGAUUUGGAAGGAGAAGUAAACGAUGGGCUGUUAAAGGAGAUUGGGCCUCAAAGAGUGAAUUAUGAUGGGCCAAUAGAAGACAGCGGGCCAACCAUACGAGUGGGCUGGGGACAAACAAAGGAAAUGAACUUGGAGGAACCCGUUUUAGAUGCUCAAAUAGAGUUGGACCCAUCAGAAACGCAGAAAUCGGCAAACACAACAAAGGGGAACAAAAAACAGAGGAUGCUUCAAGACUGCUACCCAGAGAGCACGGAGAGGAUCUGGGCAAAAGGAGCACCGGGGGUAACUCCCAGAACAAAACAGCGUCUGGAACGGAGAGGAGAUCUGGGCAAAAGGAGCACCGGGGAUGACAAGGUACAUGAUGCUAUGGCUGUUUCUAUUUCAGAUGGAUGUAUUGAAAAUAGAAAUAGGGUGUUGCAGAGGGAGAUGAAUAUGCAUGAAGUGCGUCGGAUAAUGGGGGUGGGGAAGAGAUUGGGUCUUAAUUUCGAAAAUAAUGAGGAGGAGAUACAAUCAAAGUUGCUUGAGGCAGUAGAUCGGGAAGGGGCAGAGAGGAGGGUCGCGAAAGGGAGGGGCUUGGGUGGGACACUGAAAAAGAAGGAAGUGAGAAGGCUGGUUCAAGAAGAGAAGCCUGAUUUUCUAUUCCUGCAGGAAACAAAGUUAGAAAAAGUGGAUAUAGGAAUCUGUAGACAACUGUGGAAUUCAGAUGAGGUUGAUUGGAUUGCGAAGGGCUCUUCCGGAGCCUCAGGUGGUUUACUUUGUCUGUGGGAUAGUAGGCAGUUUGUUAAGAGGGAGGUUUUUUCUGGUGAUGGGUUCGUGGGUUUGGCAGGGGAAUGGGGAGCAAAUAAAAGGCAAUAUUUUUUAAUUAACGUCUAUGGCCCAAAUGAUAGACAGAAAAAGGCUAGGUUGUGGGAGGAAUUGAGAAAAAUGGUGACAGAAAAGGAAGGGUGUUGGUUGAUAGCAGGAGACUUUAAUGCAGUCAGAGGGCCUGAGGAGAGACGAGGUAGAACAGGAGAGAGCCCAGACAUGAAGGACUUCGAUGAGUUUAUUGCGACGACUGAUUUGGUGGAUGUUAAACUGUCAAAUAGAAAUUAUACAUGGUACAAGCCAGAUGGCUCAGCAAGGAGUAGAUUGGACAGAUUCCUAUUGAGUACGGAGAUGAGUAAUACGGAAGGAGAGUGGAUACAACAAGGAUUGCCAAGGAACAUCUCUGAUCACUGUGCUAUUGUGUUGAAGUCCAGAACAACAGAUUGGGGACCAAAACCUUUUCGGGUUUUGGAUGCAUGGCAACAACAUCCCGAUUUUAAGAAGUUUGUUGAAGAUAAAUGGAGUGGGAUGACGGUGGAGGGGUUUGCACGGUAUAAGUGCCAGCAAAAGCUGAAAUUGCUAAAAGGUUUUUUAAAGAGCUGGAACAAGGAAGUCUUUGGGAACAUGGAAGCUCAAUAUGAGCAAGCUGUAAAAAAGAUUGAGCAAGUUGAUAUGCAGAAUGAGAUUUCUGAUCUGAAAGAGGCUGAGAUUGUGAAAAGGCAAGAAGGUUUUUCUGAGAUGUGGGAUGUUUUGAGGAAAAAAGAACUGAUAUGGAAGCAGAAGUCAAGGAGUAUAUGGGUGCAGGAGGGAGAUGCAAACACCCGUUUUUUCCAUAGAGUUGCAAAAGGUCGAAGAGCACAAAACAACAUUGCGGGAUUAAUGUGUGAUGGAGCAUGGAUUGAUGAUCCAGAUGGAGUAAAAAAUGAGAUAGUAAGAUAUUUUAGAAGAUUGUUCCAAGGAGAGUCAUGGAAUAGACCCAAACCCAGGGACAUUAAAUUCCAGCAGUUAUCCGAGGAGAAAAAAGAUUGGUUGGAAAGACCAUUUUCAGUUGAAGAAAUUGAGGAAGGCUUAAGAAGCUGUGAAGGUUCAAAGGCACCAGGACCUGAUGGUUACAACUUCAACUUCCUCAAAUAUACGUGGCACUGUAUAAAGGAGGACUUCAUCAACUUUUUUUCAGAAUUCCAUCGUAAUGGUAAAUUGGUGAGGGGCCUUAAUUCUUCUUUUAUAGCCAUGAUCCCUAAAAAGUUGAAUGCUGUAGAACUUAAGGAUUUUAGACCCAUUAGCUUGAUAGGAUGUGUAUAUAAAUUAUUAGCGAAGGUGCUGGCUAAUAGAUUGAAGUCCGUGAUAUCUGAAAUAGUAAGUGAUACGCAAUCUGCCUUUGUGGGGGGUCGUCAGUUGGUGGAUAGCGUACUAGUGCUGAAUGAAGUUGUGGAUGAGAUUAAGAUAAAGAAACAGCCAGCUUUUGUUUUUAAAGCAGACUUCGAAAAGGCAUACGAUUGCGUAGACUGGUCCUUUUUGGAUUGGAUGAUGGAGAGUUUUGGAUUUGGAUUAAAGUGGAGAGGUUGGAUUAUGGAAUGCCUUUCAACGGCGAGAAUCUCGGUUCUGGUAAACGGAAGCCCGACAAAGGAAUUUGAGGUGGGUAAAGGCUUGAGACAAGGAGACCCUCUAUCUCCUUUUCUCUUUUUGAUGAUCGCUGAGGGGCUACAAGGUCUGGUUCAGAGAGCUAUUAACGAGGAAAUGCUGCAUGGGAUUGAGAUUGGAAAGAAAGGUCUGUCCGUGUCGUUGCUCCAGUUUGCUGAUGAUACAGUUAUUAUGGGCAGAGCGGAUACUGAGAACAUACGUACGCAAUCUAUCCAAUCCAACACAAUGGCGGCCAUCUUUGAGCAUAGAAAGAUUGAGAGCAAUGACCUUGGAAAUGAACUGAAGUUUCCAGUUGAUGCUAUCUUGACAAAUCUUUCACCUGAAUAUCACAGCAAUUUAUCAAGCGGCAAGAUCCCGGAGUUGGUGGUUAAAGAUGAUCAGGGGGACUCUACACUACUAAAAUCCUUAGUUUUAGCAACAUGGAAGCAUGUUGCUGAAAGUGGUUCCCAUGUUGCUGAAAGUGGUUCCCAUGUUGCUGAAAGUGGUUCCCAUGUUGCUGAAAGUGGUUCCCAUGUUGCUGAAAGUCCUUCAGCAACAUGGGCUUGCUUGCUAAAAGCUUUGUUGGAGAAGGCUUGGUGGCUGAGGCAAGGGCUGGUGGACAGAUGGAAAUGGAAGCAUUCAAGUGAAGGUUCAUAUUCUGUCGAGUUAGGAUAUGCAAUACUGACAUCAAGCCAUGCAAGUGGAGGAAGGAGAAUCUUCUUCCUAAUCUGGAACCCAUUGGUUCCAAAGAUUAGUGCAUUCAAUUGGCAUGCAAUACAAGAUAGAGUUCCAACCAGAUCAAAUCUGUUUAGGCAUGGAAUUUUGGAUGAUUCAAUCAUUCAAGCAUGCUUAUGUGUGCACUCUGCGGGAAUGAAAUAUAAGAUUCCCAUCACAUACUUCUACGGUAUAAAAUUUCGUCUAGCGUUUGGACUAGGUGCUGGAAAGGGUGGGGGUCGAUCUAAGAGCCGAUACCAUUCUAGUUCUCAACCUCUCUCUUUCUCUUAUAUCAAAGCGCACUCUAUUCAAUCCAACACAAUGGCGACCAUCUUUGAGAAUAAGAGAAUUGAGAGCAAUGACAUUGCAAGUAGAAUGAGGUUUCCUUAUGGUGCCAACUUUGCAAAUCUUCCAUUUGGUUGCAACAACCCUGGCCAGUUCGGAAGCUUGUCAGUUACAGAUGAGGGGGGUACUCAGUGGACGCUUACCAUCAAAAAUCAGAACGGAAAGGUAUAUUUCACUGAUGGUUGGAAUGCAUUCAGAGUGGGGAAACGCAUUACGGCUGGUCCAUACCAUUUUGGGCAUAUGCGAUUAGGACUAGCCCAAAACAGUUUGAAACCGGGGCUUAAAAUCAAAUUUUGAAUAGAAGAACCUAUACAAUUUUGAAUCUCUAACUGCGCAACUUGUCUAGAAGGUGCAAGAAGAUGGAUGGAAGAAACAUUUCUUAAAUAUUGAAUCUCUGAACCCUUUUCACCUGGGAACAGAGUCCAGUUGAACUGUGGAAGAGCUAAAUUGCUUACUGGAUGAGGUGCAGCUAAGGCAAGGAUGGGUGGACACACGGAAAUGGAAGCAUUCAAGUGAAGGUUCACAUUCUGUCAAGUCAGGAUAUGCAAUACUGCCAUCAAGCCAUGUGAGUGGGGGAAGGAGCAUCUUCAACCUAAUCUGGAACCCACUGGUCGCAUUCAAUUGGUAGGCAAUACAUGAUAAAGUUCCAACCAGAUCAAAUCUGUUUAGGCCUGGAAUUUUGGAUGAUUCAAGCGUGCUUAUGUGUGCAUUUUGUGGGAAUGAAAUCGAAGAUUUGCAUCACAUUCACAUGUUUUGGCGGUGUAAAAUUUCAAAUGUUGUUGGGACUAGGUGUUCGGACUAGGUGAUGGAAAUGGUGGGCGAGUGACAGGCCUUUUACCUGAAAAAUGCAUGCAAGCCAGCCUACGUGCAUCAGUCUGUCUCAUUCAACAAUAAAAAAAAGAGGUAGUAGGAUGGAAAGUAGUGUAGGAAGCAGGGAUGUGGUCCAUAUGGUUGGCCAGGAAUGACAUGGUUUUCCAUGAUAAAAGUUGCAAGUUCUGCUUAACUGACUGGGUACAGGAACCAGGGGAAUGCAUGAAACAGUCCAAGAAUUAAACAUAAAACUAUCAAAAUGCAAACUUUUAUAACAAUUUCCCUUACCUCUCAACCUGAUGGUGGUCUGGCUCAUGCAUGAAUUAAAUGUCCCAACCUACCCACAGAAAUAAUCAACGAAACAGAAUGCAAGAAAAUUGAAAACUUGGAGCAAGGUAUGAUAAGAUUCCAAAUAAUCUAAAGAAGCAAAU